GAGGCAGUCACUUUCACUUUCGCCCGCCAUGGUCAAGACUUCAUUUCUAGCAAUCUUCGCCUCAGUCGCCGUAGCCCAGCACAAAAUAAUCAACGGGACUGAAGCCCCUAUCGGCAAGUACUUGUACGUGACCGGAUUGCGUGAAAAGCCGACGAGCAACAACCGCUGCGGGGGGAUUUUGAUUGCCCCCAAGUACGUGCUCACGGGGACGUUCUGCUCGGACGCGUUGGCUGCCUACACUUCCGUGGGGUCGCACUACUUGUCGGGCGAUCGCGACGGCGAGCGGCUCAAAGUUGUUAAGCGCAUUGUGCACCCCCACUUCAACCGCACCACGAACGAGUAUGACUUUGCCAUUUUAGAGUUGGAAUCUGCCAGCAAGGUGACUCCGGUUAACGUUGCCUUCAGCGACAACGAUGUCGUCAACGCCACACAGGGGACUGUUCGUGGCUGGGGCAAGUUCUCCAAUUCUGGCCAACUCUCGCCCGUGCUGCGUGAAGGCAACGUCAAGAUCUGGUCCAACAUUGACUGUGAAAAGGCAGUCAAGCAUAUCGGCCCCGUCUUUAGCUCCAUGAUUUGUGCUGGGGGGGGCGACAAAGACUGGUGCAAUGGAGACCACGGAGCCCCCUUGACUGUUUCCAAGGGCGGGGACGAGUACGUCGUUGGGGUGGCGAGCUGGGGCGGGUUCUGCGCGUCCAAAAAUGUCCCCAGUGUAUACGCUCGCGUGACCAGUGCCCGUGAUUUUAUCCAGCCGUACUUGCCAACCCAGCCUACUACGACCAAACCCACUUGUUAAAAUAACACUGUAAUAUGUCCAAGUUUGUGUUGUUCA